CUUGAUACCUAAAAGUCCAAAUACAUAGAUGGAUAAGAGAAUCCAUAAUAUUCCAAUUUUGUGCAUUUUCCAUUACUUGUUGCUAUCAAACAUAAAUUUGAGCUCAAAAAUGGCAGCUGCCCAGACCAUCCCCAUAAGAGUAGGGGUAAUUCUUGACAUGGAUGGCUAUGGAGAGAUGGCCUUCAACUGCCUAUCCAUGGCGCUUUCCGACUUCUAUUCCACCCACACUCACUACAAAACUCGGCUCCUCCUCAUCACCCGCCCCCCCAAAGCCGACGUCAUUGGCGCUGCUGCUGCAGGCCUAGACCUACUCAAGAAUGUGCAAGUGCAAGCCAUACUAGGCCCAACAUUCUCAACACAAGCAAUCUUCCUCAUCUCUCUAGGAGAAAAAUCUCAGGUCCCCAUCAUAUCCUACUCUGCUACAAGUCCUUCUCUCUCCUCAACCCGAAGCCCCUACUUCUUCCGCGCCACUCUCAGCGACGCCACACAAGUGGAUGCCAUAGCUGCCUUCGUCGAGUCCUUCGGGUGGCGAGAAGUCGUCCCAGUUUACGAGGAAAACGACUUCGGAGAAGGAAUCAUGCCUUAUCUCAGCGACGCCUUGGGACGCGUCAAUGCCCGCAUACCUUACAGAAGCGUGAUCUCACCUCUCGCAACCAACGAUCAGAUCGAGGCAGAGCUCUACAAGCUCAUGACGAUGCAGACCAGAGUGUUUGUGGUCCAUAUGAUGAGCCCCCUCGCGUCUCGCCUCUUCCUUAUAGCGCACAAGAUCGGGUUGAUGAGUCAAGGUUGUGCGUGGAUCGUCACGAAUGGGGUCACCAACGAGCUCGAAUUGCUGGAUCCAUUUGUGCUGGAUGUCAUGCUGGGUGUUGUUGGAGUGAGGCAUCAUAUCCCGAGGAGUGAAGAUCUCAAGAGCUUUGAGACUCGGUAUAAUAAACAAGUUCUUGUUGGAAGUAAAUUGAGCAUUUUUGGGCUGUGGGCUUACGAUGCAGCCACUGCCCUAGCUAUAGCAGCAGAGAAAGCAAACCUCAGAGACGUCAAGUAUAUACAGACCUCAAUGAACUCCACUGAUCUUGAGGGAUUUGGAGUGUCAGGUGAUGGGCCGAACCUCAUUAAAGCAUUGUCUAACACAACAUUCAAAGGGCUUGCAGGGACUUUCAGGCUAGUUGAUGGGGAGCUUGAGGCGCCGCCUCUUGAGAUUGUCAACUUCGUCGGCCAUGGAGUUCGGGGCAUUGGAUAUUGGACGAAAAAGAGUGGGAUUGUCAAAAGACUCAACUCCCAAAGUGCUAAUUUAUACGUGGAUUUUACUCCCAAAUCCAAGCUUAGACCGAUCAUCUGGCCAGGGGUCACAACGUCUUGGCCAAGAGGUUGGGUGAUCCCAACCAAUGGAAGGAAGUUGAGAGUUGGAGUGCCUGUGAAAACUGGCUUCACUGAGUUUAUGAGAGUUACAUGGAAUGCUGACAAUUCUACAAGAGUGGAAGGGUAUUGCAUAGAUGUUUUUGAAGCAGUAAUGGCAGCAUUGCCUUAUGGCGUGACGUAUGAAUACAUCCCAUUUGCAUAUCCCAACCACACAACGGCCGGUGAUUACAACAGCUUGACCUAUCAAGUCUACCUCGGAGUAAGCACCUAUGCUUUCUUUUUUUAUGAUAAGAUCGUUGCUGGAGACGUGACUAUUGUGGCAAACAGGUCACAGUACGUGGACUUCACUCUGCCCUACACAGAGUCAGGUGUUGCAAUGGUCGUGCCAAUGAGAGACGAGAAGAGAAAGAAUGCAUGGAUAUUCUUGAAGCCCCUGACUUGGGAUCUGUGGCUGACAAGCUGCUGCUCGUUUGUCUUCAUUGGAUUCUUGAUAUGGCUCAUUGAACGCAAGGACAACACUGACUUCCAGCCCAAACCUGAGCUCCAGGGCAACUUGUUAUGUUACAACAUUGGCAUGAUAUUCUGGUUUGGCUUCUCAACCAUGGUCUUUGCUCAUAGAGAGAAAGUGCAGAGCAACCUGUCAAAGAUGGUGCUGAUCAUAUGGUUUCUGGUGGUGCUCAUCUUGACACAGAGUUACACUGCUAGUCUGGCGUCCAUGCUAACCGUUCAGAAGCUGCAGCCAACGGUGACGGACGUGAAUCUUCUGAUCAGGAACAACGACUAUGUGGGAUACCUGCAGGGAUCAUUCGUGUAUGGAGUCCUCAAGAAGUUGAACUUCGACGAAUCGCGUCUCAUAGAGUACGACUCGUCGGAGAAACUCCACGAGCUUCUUUCCAACGGCCGCAUCGCUGCUGCAUUUAAUGAAGUUCCUUACAUAAAGCUCUUCCUAGGCAAAUACUGCUCUAAAUACACUAUGAUCGGACCCAUAAACAAGGCUAAUGGUUUCGGAAUUGUGUUCCCAAUCGGUUCACCACUGGUAAAGGAUGUUUCGCGCGCUAUUUUGAACGUGACAGAGGGGCGGAAGGUGGCGGAGAUAGAGAGGAAAUGGUUGGGAAUUGUGAAUAAAUGCUUGGAUUCGAAUGAGUUGGCAACGCCCAAUGAUCUUGGGCUUGGGAGCUUCUGGCUGCUGUUCCUGAUCGUUUGGCUGGUUGCUAUACUGGCUCUGGUUAUUUAUUUAUGUAGACCUGCACCUGCUGCUGGUGGGGAGGACGUAGACGCUGCUGCUGCUGCUGCUGCUGCUGCUGGUGGGGAGGAAGUAGACGCUGCUGCUGCUGGUGGUGGUGGUGGUGGGGAGGAAGAAGACGGGGCUGCUGCUGCUGCUGGUCAGGAGGAAGAAGAUGGGGCUGCUGCUGGCCGGGAAGAUGAAGUACAUCUAUUUGCCGCUAAUUAAGGCGGGAAUUAGUUUUCUACAAAAAUAUUCUUGAUAAAUUGUUCAAUGAAGUUUGAAUUGAUUUUCUGUUAUCUGAAUUACCCAUUUAACACAUACAUUUCAUGUAUUUUUAUAGAUCUUUUUCUUUUUUUUUCAGUUUUACAUAGUUUGAUAAUAAUGCAGUUUUCUUUCAUGAU